AUGGUAGCCCUAUUUUCCCCACUAUGGCCUUCAGGAGAGCUUCUCUAUCAUGUGAGAACAUCUGCCAUUCUGCUCGCAGCCUUAGUGCUGCUGCUUCGGCUGCUCAAAGCCAUCCGCUAUCGUGUCUACUAUGACCUUUUCAAGAUUCCGUCCCCCCCGAUACCGCUAUGGCGCAAGUAUACAGUCGGCCACAACUUGUUCGGCCUCAUGCUAUACAACGACUCCUUGCAAUCCGCCGACCUCUUCAACGAAUGGGCAGAACGACAUGGUCCAUUGUUUCGCAUCUAUUCGGCCUUCGGCAAACCAGCCCUCAUACUCACCUCCGCCGAGUCCAUUCGGCUCAUCAACACCACGAAUCACCGCAAGUACAGCAAAACACAGAAGAUGCGCAACGCUCUCGGCACACUAGUAGGAGAAAACGGUAUCAUCUUAGCCGAGGGUGAAGCCCACGCCCGCCUCCGUAGAGCUAUCGCCCCAGCGCUUCACCAUGACGCUCUCAUUGCCGCUGAGAAAGUCUUUCUACGCGAGGGUCAGUUGCUGGCAGACCGCCUUGCCAAGUCCCAAUCCAGUGCACAGAUGGAUAUACUGCGCGACGUCCGGACGGCUACGUUCCAGGUCAUCAUAGACACGGCUUUUGGUGAAAACGCCGUCCCACCCGAUCAGCAUACCCGCCUUCACGACGCCUUCCUCGAAGCCCUUGUGGAGCCGCCAUCCCACAUGUUCAGACGCGCCAUAUUGCAGGACAUUUUGAGCUUUCUUCCUGCUCGAUACUUCGGAUGGCGCGAGGACCUGCGCACAUACAUUCGGAACUCGGUGUCUAAGAUUUGCCGCGAGUUGAAAAAAUCUGCGAAACAGCAUGGCGCGACAACCCCACUGAUCUCCUUGAUGAUUGAUGAAAAGACGAAUCGCGUUUUGCCGGAACGCGACCUUGUUGAGACUGUCCUUAGCUUUCUCGCCGCUGGCCAGGCCACGACGAGCAUAUCCGUGUGCUGGACACUGUACUUGCUUGCCAGACAUGCCGACUGGCAGAAUCGUGUUCUCGCUGAGUUACGUGAUAAUUGGAGUGUAACCGAUGGACUCGACGUGCUGGACCAGUUGCCCUUGCUAUCACGCGUCGUGAGAGAAAGUCUGCGACUCUAUCCACCGAUAUUCUACAUGGCCCGAGAGCUGAAGGAGGACGACGAGCUCGAAGGAUACCGGCUACCAGCCGGGACAGUUAUAAGAACACCUCUUGCUUCAAUGCAUCGCGCCAAGAAUACUUGGGGAGAGGAUGCAGCAGAGUUUAAUCCGGACCGUUUUGCAGUGCCAGGCGAACUUUCGCGAACAAAACAUCACUGGCUACCUUUCCUUUAUGGCCCCAGAGGCUGUGUUGGGCAGCGAUUUGCAAUAUUGGAGAUUAAGGCUUUUGUUGCUCAAGUGCUGCUCAGGUAUCGCCUCUACGUCAAACCUCUGCAGGAUCCACCCGCCGCCUGUUUUGGGCCUUUCGCUAAUCCGCGGGGCAUGAAAAUUUACUUCGAAUUGAGGCCAUCAACAUGAGUGCAUCUAUUAAGCAUGGGCUGGUUGGAUGUUAUGCGAGAACUCCUUUUAGUUGCAUGAGUUUUCUUCUCAUGGAAUUAAUCUCAAUGGUGUCUGUGAAAAGCCCGCAGACAAUCUUUCUCGAUUGAACAUUGUCGCCAAGGGCUGGCCCGAUUGACUCAAAGGCGCGUUGCCCUACACCGCUUGAAUACCAAUCAUGACAAGGUUACUAUGUAAGCACAUCUUGAGAAUUCCUAUUCGAAAGCUUACAAUCCCGGAGAUAGUCUAGUUGGAUGCAGUAAGAGAAUACCAAGUUAGUGCCAGGUUGAGGUCAAACCGGAACAUCACGGCUCAGCCGAAGUGAAAGAAUCAGUUGAGGUGCGAUGCGCAUGGACUUCCAGCUGAUAACAUCCAAGGAAGAAAGAAACGUUGGUAUGCUAGGUUACGAAGACGUCUCACUGUCUGCACUGAAAGAUGAGCACGAUUUCGGUUGGUUGAGAAAGCCCGAAAUGCAAGGCCAGCGGAAGCGAUUGACAUUCGGGAAUGUGAGAUGGUCAUCUGUCCAAACAAGAUGCCAGUCUAUCGGUCUUAAAGGGGGCAUUUUAGAAUCUAGAAUAGCACUGUGGUGAGAAAUUGAGGCCUGUUGGACAGACCGCAGCGACAUAGCUUCAACGACCGCUUUCAAGAUACCCACUACAACCUUCCGCAUCAAUCAGCAAAGAACACUUCCUCCCGCAACAUCUAAGGUUUGUCCUUCGGUAACGAGAUCAAAGGUCCUGGAUUCGAGACUCAGGGCCAGUCCUAAGGGUGACCCCACCGCGCCUUGCCCAAAAUCGCAAAAAGCAGACAGUUGUCCUCCGGUAAUUGGAUCUACUAUCUUUUAAUCAAGCCGCGCUUUGGGGGAGGUGGUGAUUCAGAGAUGAACCCCACCGCGCCUGUAACACGACACAUCUAUUCAUAUUCAGGGUCACCCCAAUUAGGCUACAAGUAUGUCGUAGAAAUACAUUUGGCGCAAAGAA